AUAUUCGUAAUUUUUCACUUCCCGAUGGACAUCGAGCUGAUAAAGUCGUUAGUUUAGCUUUAGCUGUAGCUGAGUGAAUAUUCUAAUUCAGUGAGGAGUGCUGCUCUAGAAAAAUUUCAAGUAUAACGAAAGUUGCUGGUGCAGGUACCAAUCAUUCAAAAUGCGGCUUUUCAAAAAGUGUUGCUUUUGUUGUCAACUUGAAACGGGUGCUUACACUAUUGGUAUCAGUGGAUUAGUGGGAUGCGCAAUUAACAUUGCUCUCACUAUUUUCUUUCUGGCCUAUCAUACGAAGAAUCAUCCGGAAUCAACUUCUGCAGUAAUAAUUCAAGUUGGAUUCGCCGUUGUUGGAGCCUUUUGCUUUACCUCGUUGAUAGUCGGGACAAAGAAGAGAAAUAGAUGGCUUUUGCUCCCGUAUAUUAUUUUAUCAAUCAUCGGUUUGAUUGCGAAUACAGUUUUAGUAAUCCGCAUAUUAGCGUCAGCAUCCGAUUAUAAAUUUCAACUUGUGUUUGGAAUCUCUUAUAUGUUAGGCUUUUGUUUAGCAGUCUACAUUAUUCUGUGCAUGAUUUCUCUAUUUUUGAAAAUCAAGCAUGAACAAAUCGAAGAUAAAGCUAAUACAUUCUAUAAACUGGAAGAAAAUCGACAUAUUUAAAAUGGGGGCAUAACACAUCACAAGUUUUGGUUUGAAUUUCAUUUUUGGAGUUUAGAUAUAAGAAUCGAAUCAAUGUAUAUAUGGAUGUAUAUUUGUCUUAAUAAAGGUUCAACACUGUA